AUGGCAUCGCCUGCGGUGGCAUCGACGGCGUCGACUGGGUGCCAACAACAGGGCAGGAGGCGGAAGCCGAAGGUCGUGUUCCACGUUACUGGUUUCGGGGUGUUCAAUGGUGUAGCCGACAACCCGACCACGCACCUCGUGAACGAUCUGGAGGGAGAGCUGGAAGCUCGCCGCCGCGGCGGCGGCGGCGGUGGCGGCGACUGCAAGGGGGGACAGCGGAUUGGAAAGACGGGGCAGACCGGGGGGUCUGAACCUCCAGCCUUGGACGGGGAUGACGGGGAAGAGGACUUCGAAGUCCGGUCGUGCACGGUGCUCCAUGUCUCGGCCGAGGUGGGCGGUCGCCAGCUCAGGGAGCUUCACGCCGCGAGCUCGGCCUCCUCGAGGGGGGGCGGCGGGAGGGAAGCGGUGUUGAACGGUGACCCUGCUGCUUCGGCGGAUGGCGGUACCGGGGGUCUCGGAAACGCGAGCGUUGCCGCCGCGGACGGGUGCGGUGGUGGCAGUGGCGAGGGAGGUAAGAGCGCCGACGAAGGGGGCGGCCCCGGCUGCGCGAACACCGAGCAAGGCGAUGCGACCACCGGCGGCAACGCCACCGCCGUCAACGGCGAUAACGACGAAAAAGAGGGCAAGGAUAACGAAGAUGAUGACAGCGGCGCCACGGUCUUCGUGCACUGCGGGGUUAACGGCGGGUCCAAGAGGUUCGCGCUGGAGACCCAGGGGUUCAACGAAGCUACCUUUCGCGUCCCGGACGAGCAGGGAUACCGCCCCUCCUUCGCCCCCGUGGAGCAGGACAACCCCUUCACGGAACACUGUCGAGUCACCACCGUACCCGUCGCCGACGUCCUCGCGCGCCUCGAGAGAUCGGGCUGGGGGCGGGAGUACGUCGAGGAGUCUAAGGACGCGGGCCGGUUCGUGUGCAACUACGUCUACUACUCCUCGCUCGGUCUUUGCGAACGGUCUGGGGGACGGGCGCCGGCGGCGGCGCCCGGGAAAGGUGGAGCAGAAGAAGUCGCGGGACCUUCGGGAGAGGGUGGGGAAGUAAAGGACGCCUUUUGUUUUAGCGGAGAUAGUGUCAGCGAGGUCGCUGCUGGAGCAGCCACGGGACCCGGUGAGCGCCGCAGCCUGGAUUCGGGUAAUGGGGCAAAGGACGCCUUCUGCUUCAGCGGCGACGGCGGCGGUGAGGUCGCUGCCAGAACGGCGGGAGCCCCUCCGGCUCCGAGCGGGCGCCACAGCCUUUUCAUCCACGUACCUCCGUUCGAAGCCAUCCCUAAGGAGAAGCAGCUCGCGUUGCUUGUGGCAUGCCUCUCGGCGAUCGCGUCGUCCCUGGCGUCGCCGCCGCCGCCAGUACCCCGAGAGUCCGGUGGCAACAACGGUCUUCUCGGCGGCACCCCCGCCGUUGCUCCAGCGGCAGCAUCAUCGCCGCCCCCGCCGCUCUCGCUGUCGACGUAUGAGGCAGCGGUUCUAGCGGCCGAGCCAGAGGCGUGUUCGCCGGACCCUCCCGCCCCGCUCCCCUCCCCAGACAACGCCGCUAAGAGCAGCAGCGGCGGCGGUGUUGAAUCGGCGGUGCCCCCGAGUUCGACCGGACGGGAGUCGUCAAUAUGGGAACGGACGGCUCGAGAGCAAGGGAGCGAGAGUCAAGGCGGAGUCGCGCUUGAGAAUGGUGGGGGUAACAUGGGGCGGGAGAAGCUGGUUCAGUUUGCGCUGGAUGGCCUUGCGGACAACCAAGCGGAAGGUCGUGUGGGAAACCGUGGCGGGGGUGGGGACAAAAUCUACCCGGAAGGAACCGGAGGGCACAGCGGCAGCGGUGAAGGUCAGGCGGGCGAACUCAACGACGAGGAGGAGGAGGGGCAGGAAGAGGGAGAGACGCUGGCUGACGCGACCCGCCGUAGGCUCAUCGAGGCCGGCUUCGACGGGCUCGACGUCGACGCGGCCAUGGCCACCACGGGCAGCGACAACACCGACGUCAACAUGGAGUUCCUGCUCGACAUCACCCCGCUUCUUCCUCGCGGGGCCCCCUCCGACGCGGGCGGGCUCUACCCGAGGGAGUUCGCCACCAACGAGCCUGCGACCGGUAGACCCGCCGGCGGCAGCGGCGGCGUUGGUGCCGACGGCGAACGUGGCAGGGGCGAAACAACGUCGCAUCACCGGCGCCGCGGCAGCGGUAGCUUGGGAGCGAAUCGGUCCAAGGGCAGGGGCGGGGUCUCGCCCGCGGGGAUGGGAGGCGUGUCUCCGAAGUGGAUAGGGGACGUUUCGCCCGCCCGUGACGGCGUGGACAGGGUCCCCAGCGGCUUUGGAGGGUCCACGAAGUCGUCGUCCGGCGGGGGCGGGGGAUUGCUCAGCAGGCUCCGGCGCGGCCACCGCAAGCCACCGAGCGCCGCUUCGGCGGCGAGCGAGGUCACCGCCGAGGAUGACGCUGGAGAACGCUCGUCCGAGCAGAGAGCGUUGUCGUCGUCCUCCUCCUCGGCGUCGUCACGGCUGGUACCCUCCUCCUCCGCCACGUCGCCCCCGCCGCAGCCCAACCGGCGCGCCGCCGCGCACGUCAUCCGUUCUCACAGCCCGCCCCCGGUGCGAAGCAUCGGGGCAGGGAACGGGUUCCGCGACGAGCGGAAACGGAGGGGAUCGGGGUCGAGAGCGAGCGCGUUUUCAGCGGCCGCCGGGUGGGGGGAAACGUCCCUGUCGGGCCCUAACCUCACGCUGGCGCUGCUGGUGCGGCUGGACCUUGGAAUGUCGCCCGGGACACUAGCGGCGCAGUGCGCGAAGGCAGCGCUGGCGGCGGCUAGGAAGGCGGAGGGCAGCGGACGGUCCGACACCCUUGCCGUGUGGAGGGAGGCCGGGGAGUCGAUGAUUGUCCUUGGAGCGGAGGAUGCCGCGAACCUGGACGCAAUUCUUGUGUUCGGAGCUUCAUCUCACCUGCCCAUCACCAUGGUCCGAGACAAGCAAGCGGCAUGGGUGGGGAACGUGCGGGCGGACACGUGCACGGUUGCGGCGAUAGGCCCGGCGCCCAUAUCGUCCCUUCGCACCAUCGCCGGAGGCCUGCGUGUGCUGUAGAAGAGGCCCUUGUCUCGGCCUCCUGCCUCGCGCCUCGCCUAGCUAACCCGCUUUUUUUGCUCCAGAGUAAGAGGAAAACGCUGUUUUGAUUUGCGGUGCGUCGGCAGCUCCUCCGAACGGUCGAGAGCAAAGGUCUAGAACGGGAGCAUGGCCCCGCCUAGAGGAAUGUUUGGAUGACCUGGCUCUCGACAUGGCUUGGAGUGUGAAGUUGGCUGACCCUAGAUCAUGAUCGUUUUGUGGGAUGUGGUGAGGCUGUGCCGGCCGGUUCCUAUCGCAAAGAAGGGGAGUUGUGGUCAUGGUUCCCUGGCGCACCUUUUUUUCUUCUUCUUUAAAUGCGUGCCAUGCAGAAUUGCAAGCGCGAGAGAUGUUCCUCCUCCUCAUUUGGGACGUUGGCGAAGCAUUGGCAACGCAGUAUAAGCCCAGUGCCUUAUCUUGUGAUGCCCUCUUGCUGUGCCGAAGCCAUGUUUUCACUCGGUAAAUAGUCGCUUUCGGUAAAAUAAGUAGAAAGUCUUCCCACGUGUUAAUUUUUAUUUGUUUAGAGUAUUUUCAAGGUGUGGUUUUCGCCUCUUAAGAGUAAAAUUUGUGGUCUACAAGAACAGGGCUUUUGGUUCGCCGCGUUUUUGGCGACUUUUCCCCCCCCUGUCAUCAAAAGCGUGCCUACUUCUUUCUGUUGUGUGGGCAAUCUGGUCCGCUGUGCUAAUGGUUGAUCAACAACCGGUGUGUUUGUUUUGCCUCUCAAGUCCCUGGUACCCUCUACCCUUCCCGGCCGUCGUGUAGGCGGUCCACAUCAACUUGCCCCUGAAGAGGUAAUCCCUUUGUUUUCUUUUUUUUUUGUCUUUUCGUGUGUUAGUGUGCAAGGGAAAUGCUUCCUCUUUUGUUCAUUUCGUGCUUGCGAUAUUUCUUUGUUGAACGACGGAAAGGAGUGUUUUUUGUCCUCUCAGGAUAACUUUAGUUCGUGGUGUGGACAUUUCGCAGGUGACAAGCGUCCACGGGAAUAUUUCGAGAAAGAACUGUGACGAUUGCGGCAAGCCUGUUUCGUGUCUCGUGAGAUGUUGUGUAUUUUCGUGUCGAAGUGAUGUACUCCAUAUUUUUUCGGUCGGGAAGGUGUUGCAAGAAUCACCGUGAUCAUCGUGCCCGCUGUGAACUGAACGGCGGGGGCGGGUACGGCCGUGAGUGUAGGAUAACGCUUGCUGCUGCCUGGUUGGCUUUCUGAAGGCUGCUUUUGUAUGAGCUGUGUUUGAAUUGAAGCACACAACACUGGGUCUAAAGCAGGAAGCUCGAGAAUAGGCUCAGAAGCCUUGCUUUCUUGUGCCUGGGUGGGACCGAAGUUUGGCAUUGGAACGCAGUUUGGCACUCUUGCCACCCUGGACCCACUUCUGACUCAUUUUUUUGGAAUACAGGCCUACCAAGUUUCUUGGUUCUUGCAGGGUAAGGGUUUCGCAGUCAUGGGUGUGAUGGUCCCGUGUUGCGCGCUGAGCUCGGAGAUCGCCCGCUUUAACCGGGGCUGAUCUUGGAUUGUCGAGAAGUACUUGAGAACCUCUUAUUUUGUACUAGGUUCGUUUCUUGUUUUGUCUAUGGGGUACUGCUGUAUAUCCCCACGACGACUAUUUAUAUAGGUUUUAGUGUGGGGUCCUUGGCUGAGAACGAACCUGUUUUUUGUCAAGCCACCACGCACAUGGGCCAUUUUUCUUCUCUAUUCGUUGUCGGUUCAGCCUGCGUUGGGGGUGCCAUCUCUUGGUUUGAAUCGUGGGGCCCGCCAACCGUGAUUUCGCACCGACCGGUUGGUCGUUUUCUUUCGUGACGCUGCCAUGCGAUUCGGAGUGAGUUACGGUGUUCUUCGAGAAGGGGCGAGGGGGGGUGCUAGCUGUUGAGGAAAGUUCUCAAGUCGAAAUGCUAGUCACGGCUGGCCUGGUCCCAAUUGUCUGUCGUGGUGUUGAUUGUCAUUGUUUCGUGUCGUUGUUGAUUGUGCUCGGGUA